CAUCUCUUAACAAAGCCAAAACAUAUUCUCUAUCUAAUUCCAGUUCCAUUUCCAUGGCCAUGGCUACUCAAGCUUCCCUCUUCACACCAGCCAUCUCCACCGACCGUCUUCAAUGGAAACAAUCAUCCCCAAUCGCUUUCUCAAUCCCCAAACCCAUGAAAUUUUCCUCGAAAACAAUCAGAGCCACAGCAGCAGAGGGACAAGCAGCGGCCGAAACAAAAGAAGCUCCAAAAGGUUUCACCCCACCUGAAUUGGACCCAAACACUCCAUCCCCAAUUUUCGGUGGAAGCACAGGUGGUCUACUUCGCAAAGCCCAAGUUGAAGAAUUCUAUGUAAUCACAUGGGAAUCACCAAAAGAACAGAUCUUUGAAAUGCCCACAGGAGGAGCAGCUAUAAUGAGACAAGGCCCGAAUCUACUUAAGCUUGCUAGGAAGGAACAGUGUUUAGCUUUGGGAACAAGGCUAAGAUCUAAAUACAAGAUUAAGUAUCAGUUUUACAGGGUUUUUCCUAAUGGAGAAGUUCAGUAUUUGCAUCCUAAGGAUGGUGUUUACCCUGAAAAGGUUAACCCUGGUCGUCAAGGUGUUGGCUUGAACAUGAGGUCAGUUGGAAAGAAUGUUAGCCCGAUUGAGGUUAAGUUCACAGGCAAACAAUCAUAUGAUCUUUGAUUUGUCUUUUCCAUUAUGUUUUUUAAGUGUUUCUAUUGUUUGUUGUGUUAUGUUCCCCGUUAAUAUCCUUCUCUUCCUCUUUUUAAACAUUAAUGGUUUGUAACUUUGUAAGUUUCAACUGGUUUAUAAUAAUUAUAGAUAAAAA